CUCACGGCCAGUGCAGCCAGGCGAGAGAAGCGGGAGGUUGACCCGUGUGUAUGUGCUUUGUGUUUUGCAUGAACAUAUAAAUAUGGUGAGACUGCGAUGGAAGGGAGUCUGUUUUGUGGUGUUAUAUUUGUUGUCAACCGUUAUAUUUCUGUGUGGAAAGCAAAUGAUAUCAGAGAGCAAGAGUGUUACGAAAAAGAGUUUCCAGGAUAAACCAGUAACAGGAACGAAUGCUACCCUUGUUACUAUCCAAGAUGUGAAGACCGUCACGAAAAACAGGACGGCCAUCCCUGCGUUAGCUCGAGCUGAGAAGACGCUACACACACCAAACUUGGCCAACUCGUCUAUAUGCGUGGCAUCAAAAAUCACUCCGGCUUAUGUGGCUGCGCGGCACGUCAGGGUAUUGAGAAUGUGCUCUGUGCUGACCAAAGCGGUACCGCUGAUGAGACGACGGCAGCCUUCCCUGGCACAGUUAUUCAAGCUCCGCUGGGAUAGACGUCAUCAUGUGCUCUACUGCCCCGUGCCCCAGGUGGGACCAGCGUGGACCAGAUAUAUGCUCGAGCCUGUCGGCGUUACGAACCUUUCCGUUUCAAGCGACAGUUUGAACGACCUGCUGAGGCAACAUCUUCCACCACCCAGCCGCGAGGAGUUGAUAGUUUCUCCCCUCACAGACAACCUGAAGGUGAUGGUGACGCGUCACCCCUUCACGAGGCUGGAGGCCGCCUAUCAGAUGAUUGUUAGGGAAACUAACUACAAGGCCACUUCGACACCGUCACUUCAGGCCCGUACAGCUGAAAAACUGCCUCUCAUGGCUUCCUUCCGGGAGUUCAUCCGGUACGUGCUGGACACCACAGAGACGUGGCUCUCCAGCCCUCAUCUGCCGCCCCCCGAUGACCGCUGGAUGCCCGUUACCUUCAUGUGUGCUCCGUGUACCUUUAAGUAUGACAUCAUCAGUAAAGCUGAAUGUUUUGAAUCGGAUACAAGAAUCAUAGAAGAUCAUUGCCACCAGAAGACCGAGGUCGUGAAGAAAACUGAUACAUUACGACCACAAGGAACCUCAAAAAAGGGGGGCGUUAGAACGAGUGAUGAACCUCACUGCAAAGGAUCUGCAAAUGCAAAGGCUGAAGUCAAUGAUAGAAAGUCUUAUUCUAAUUCGAAUACGAGCUAUUGGGCCAGCAACAAAGACUCAUUCACUAAUGUACGAGGACUUAUAAGUCAGCUAUCUGGUGAGGAAUUUGACCGUCUGUACAAUAUUUAUAAGUAUGACUUUGAGAUGAUGGAAUACAGUCCAUUGUAGUAUAUUGUGUUGGAUUGCAAUUUCUUUACACACACACACACACACACUUGUGACCCAGUCCUGACCGAGGUCGGACGUGGAUCAUGGCGCUCCGAAAGGAGCAGCCCGGGGCCAGCCUGUUGGCCUCUCCCCUUCCCCUUCAUCCUCGUCUCCCCUUUCAUCAAGAAACCUACUUCAAGAAACACAACUUAGCAAGUUAUUUUUUGUGACAUUAAGUGAAACCAUGGUGACAGUCUGACAGACAGUGAGUGGAGUGCGUGUGUGGUAUACCGGGAGGACACAGAUCGCCGAGUGUGUCGCCGCCGCGGCCUUCCAUCAAGUUCCUGCUGACUCCCCGAGGUCUCCCCAGGCUCACCAGCCCACCCAUCCUGCUGUUGAAGUCUGGUUAGGUGCAGUGCAGUGGAGGCUUCAUCACUCAGGUGGGGGCAAUGUGCAGGCUGCUCACCACCAAGGCUGUGCAGUCUGUUCCCAGGAACAGCUCCGAGUCUUCACAUCUGUCUCGCCACCUGUAUUGGAUUAGCACUCCACCUCGAAGCCCCUUUCUGAGUGACCAUCGAUACCACCUCUUCCUGCUCUCCGGCCACCUGCUGCUACCUGACCCAGCAUUUUGACCUGGGGAUGACCUCGGAUUAACACCUACUCGCCUUCCAGAAGAGGAUUACCUUCCCACCUCAUCGCUCUACCACACCGCACUCCUCCACCUCCUCACCCCUCAAGCAUCACCACAACGUUCCCUCCGUUCUUGUAAAUUACCUACCCCCACACCCCUUUCAUAUUGUAAUUUUUAUAUAGUAACACUUUGUAAUCUUAAUAUGUACAUUUUCAGCCUAACGGCUGCCAUCUCCGAAAUAAAC